GUACCGGGAGCCCCAAGAAUCCCAACAGGCAACAAUAAUUCAAAGAUCUUUCCCUCUCCUCUCUCUUUCCGAUUUUUUCUCUCUACAAUUUGCCGGACAUGUGGAUCUCCCUUGCCCACCUGCAACUCUGAUCAAUUCUCUCUCCUCUUUCUCUCUCCAAGUUCUUGCCCUUCUUCUCUCUCUCUAGGUAUUUUUAGGGGGCACACCCUGUUGUUCCGUAUGAACUGGUUUGUCAAGCUUGGGGGUUCUCCGAAUUCGAACCAUUUCAUCACUUGUCUAUUGAUAUUCGUUCUCCAUUAUUCGCCUCAAGUUACGCCUGUUUUGUUAAAUUUUGAGACCAAAUUGAAGUCUGAGUCUUUAUUUCCAUAGAAGCAUGGAGUCUGCUCAAUCAGAGGCUGUUUGACUCUGUUGACAUAUAAAAAGAGAGUAUCAAAAGAAAACAAGCGACAAAACAAUAUCCACGAAGCAACUUUGUGUGGUUUACUUCCUUUCGGAAGCCGCAUCCAUGGAAGAAGAAGGUCAAAUUCUACUAUUCUCCAAGGAGACACAAGUCUUCAAGUGUGAGUAUGGAGAAGGACGGGUCAUCUUUACCUUCGGUCAUUGUGAUAGGGGCUGGGAUUUCAGGAAUUGCGGCUGCUCGUGUUCUGCAUGAUGCCUCUUUCAAGGUGGUCGUAUUGGAAUCAAGGAAUCGAAUUGGUGGCCGAGUGUAUACUGAUUAUUCAUUUGGUUUUCCAGUUGACAUGGGUGCCUCAUGGUUGCAUGGUGUCUGCAAUGAAAAUCCCUUGGCUCCACUGAUUCGAACAUUAGGUCUUCCAUUAUAUCGUACAAGUGGAGACAACUCGGUGUUGUAUGACCAUGAUUUGGAAAGUUGUGCACUUUUUGAUACUGAUGGCAGUCAAGUACCUCAACAACUAGUUUUAGAGGUCGGCGAGAUAUUUGUUAAGAUUCUCAAAGAGACAGAGAAAGUGAGAGAUGAACACCGCAAGGACAUGUCCGUGCACCAAGCGCUGUCAAUUGUUUUGGAUAGAUAUCCUCAUUUAAGACCAGAGGGGCUGGCCCUCAAAGUACUACAAUGGUAUUUAUGCAGAAUGGAAGGAUGGUUUGCAGCGGACACGGAUGCCAUUUCGCUUAAAAACUGGGAUCAGGAACAAAUGCUUACUGGUGGACAUGGGCUAAUGGUGCAAGGGUACCAUCCUCUUAUAAAUGGUCUUGCAAAAGGUCUGGACAUCCUAUUAGAACACAGGGUUGUGAGUGUUACACAUUCAUAUAAUGGGGUGACGGUGACAAUCGAGGGUGGGAGGAGUUUCUCAGCGAAUGCUGCUAUUGUAACAGUGCCUUUAGGAGUUUUGAAAGCCAAACUGAUUGAGUUUGAGCCAAAGCUUCCAGAGUGGAAAGAAUCAGCCAUUUCAGAUUUGGGUGUUGGUAGUGAGAACAAGAUUGCUCUUCACUUUGAUUCUGUUUUUUGGCCAAAUGUUGAGGUUUUGGGAGUGGUGGGGCCUACCCCAUCUGGGUGCACCUACUUCUUGAACCUUCACAAGGCCACAGGCCAUCCAGUCCUUGUAUACAUGCCAUCGGGCAGGCUCGCCCAUGAUAUAGAGAAAAUGUCAGAUCAGGCGGCUGCCAACUUUGCCAUGACUCAGCUUAAGAGGAUUUUACCAGAUGCUAUUGAACCAGUCCAGUAUCUGGUUUCACGUUGGGGCUCUGAUCGUGAUUCCCUUGGGUGCUAUUGCUGUGACCUCGUGAACAAGCCAGAUGAUAUAUAUGAGAGGCUUCAAUUACCAGUUGGUUCACUCUUCUUUGCAGGGGAGGCAGUUUCCACUACCCACUCAGGAACUGUUCAUGGGGCUUUCGCUUCUGGAGUUUUAACUUCUCAAAAUUGUCACAACCACCUUCUAAAACUUUCCGGACACCUCUAUGGAGACCUAAGUUUAUUCCAACCUGUAAUGGGUGGAGAUAUCUCUGUUGCUUCGGCUCCUUUGACAAUAUCAAGGAUGUGAGUUUAUGACAACUUAAACUUUUGAUACCAAUAAAAAAAAUAUGUAACUUUAGAGG